AUGGCGGUGAGUGUUCUCUGUUUUGUAUCCUAAGGAUGGAGUAAUUCGAAGCAUAUCUUAAAUUUUACAUUGCUCUAGGUAAUCAACUUUUACACCUGUUUACCACCUUUCCAGGUAUUUAAAUAAUAAUCAAAUAGUUUGAGUUUACUGUAUUAGCUCUCAAAACACGGAAGUCAGAAACUGAAAAUUAUAUCAGAGCUGGGGCAGCGUUUUAUUUAUUUUACUGGUCGUUCUUAGGCUGUGAUUAUUUUAAAAGAUCAAUUUUUUUGGUCGACAAGUUAGGGUUGCUUUUUGGUAAUUUAAUAUUGCUGUUUUCACAACAUCAUUAUUAUCCCAAUUUCUUGUCUAGCUUCACAGUAAUUGGUUCUUUGCAAUAACAAUUAUUUUCUGGAGACAGAACCCCUCAGCUCUUAUAUACAUGACGUGUAUUACGAUGUUUCUCACAUAUUUGUAACCCACGAGGUCCUACAUUCUCCUCAAGUGCUUAGUGUAAAGAUUUCUCAGAACUUUUAUUAAUGCCGAAUUUGGCACAACAUUUUACAAUUGUUAGUCUUGGGUCCAGCACGCUACUUUUUGCCAUACUUAACUUCUAUAGCGAUCUUAUUUAUCAUCCAUAAAUUUAUUUUAAUACGAUAACUUUAGAAAUAACAUGGUUUGGAAGUCAAUUUGAAGGCGAUAAACUUGUUAUACUUUAAUGUUCAGUGGGAAAAUUGUAAUGAAACUGAUUUAAAAUAAGCUGCAAAAAUUACUGUAGGGCCAUAAACACAUUAACGUUGUCCAAGUAACGGUAAAUCCGUCUUUAUUUCUUUGAAUUUCAUUUUUUUAGUUUAUGGAUUUUUACAAUGAAUACCAUGAUCGAUUAAUAUGGGCGGCAGUCCCGGGUGUAAUCAUUAUCUUGUGUUCUGUCGCCGUUGGUAUCUUUGGGAACUCAAAUAUCGUGUUGGCUACAAUUAGGAGUGGGUAAGUGAUCUCAGAAAAGAUAGAUUCUUGAUGUUUGUGUUAAAAGUACGUGGCCAUCAUUAAUGGAAAGUUUGAAAAAUAGUUCGCGUCUUCUUGUUCGCUAAUUAGGGUACUUUUAUAUCUUAAAACAUAUGUAUUUAUGAUUUGUAAUCUGUUUGUUCUGAGCACCUUUCCCACACCAACUUUUGGGCAUAUCAAAAAUAUGCCAAAGCAGACGUGGGUUACAUUGUAGGCUUAGAUUAGUGCGGGUUCAUAGGAACGAAAGAAUUUUCCCAGAGCGAGGAAAAGUUGUUGAUACAAACCAGAAAAUGAAGGUUAUGAUCAAAGUUAAGAUUAAAUUAAUUUUACUUUAUGAAAUUGCAAUGAUUACAGUAAUCUAAAAAAUUAUGAGAAAAAUAAUUGUCCGUAUUUUAGGAAGACCCGGCAAUCAGUCCACAUCCUGAUCGCAGCCACGGCCUUCUCGGAUAUUCUCCAUCAAUCUUCACACGUCAUAUUUGCAAUAAAUUUCUUCUCAUUGCACACAUUUACAACCCUCAACAACUGUUUUUAUCAACAAGUAAUCUCUUUUUGCGGCAUGAACUUUGGAUCCUUUUCUUACCUUACCGUGGGUAUCGAUCGAUUAAUUUGCAUUACUUUUCCAUUACGGUAGGCUUCUAAUUGCAUCAUAAAAAUGGGUUUGGCUUUAGAUACAACUCAAUAAAUCACGUUUUGUAUGUCGGUGGACUCUUAUGUCUGCCUCUUAUGUACUCGAUGACGUUCCUUUUUCUAUCAAUAAAUUCGAUGCAAGGUGAUGAGAACAAGUUGGUUUUGUGCUUCGUAACAACUCCACUGAAUGGAAAUCUCGGAUUAUAUUGGAAUGUCGCGCAAUGGACAACAUUUGCAUCGACAAUCGUUUGCUACAGCAUUGUGUGGCUGUUAAUUCGCUCCAAAAAAGGUAAGCAUGUGCAUCCUUUCGAUGGAAUGUUCUAAGUAACUCACAAUUUGUACUUGUCCUCACCUAUACUAACCCUACAAAACUUUUAUUUCAGCUCGAUUUUCAGAACGCUAUGCCCGAAAGUUGACAAGAUCUUUAACUUUCAUUGUCUCUGGAAUCAUUUUUGGGUGGUUUAUCACAACUUUGGUCAACAUUUCAGCCGAGAAGUUGGGGGCAACUGAUUUCGAUAUGUUUUUGGUUCAUACGGACUUUGGAUGGCCUGCCAAUGUGGCCAUUGCGGCCAACUUUUUCAUCUACUACAGUACUUAUCCCGAUUACAGAAAAGCCUUCACAGAGCAAUUGAGUGUCAUUGGAAUCAAAACGGGGAAAAGGAAACGGGCGAUCAGGAGUAAGCCUACCAUGUUCGGGCAAGAGAACUCGAAGCCGGUUACUAAUUGA